AUGCGAAAGGAGCAAUUAAUGAGGCAUGUGGAUGAGCAAAAGGACCAAAAGAAACAAAUAUUACGAGAGCAAAUCUCGCGUUGUACAGCAAAACUAUCGCGGACUACCGGCCUUAUUCAGUUUUGUAUUGAAGCCUUGAAAGAGCCGGACCCAGCCACAUAUCUGCAGCAUUCGGCCGCUCUUCUUCAUCGCUCCACGAGUCAAGAGUUCUUGUGGCAUCGUGAAAUGAAGACCAAACCAGAUGUCGAUCCUGAUUUUGUGCUGAACCUCGACACAAAACACCUACAGUACUCCAUUCAGACGCUCGACUUUGCCCAGCUCAAAGUGCCAUCACCUCCGAUGAUCGACGCGGCAGAGUGCUCAGCCGAGAAUAACUCGGUCACAGUGGUAUGGCGACCACGCCAAGACGGUUGUGCCAUCGACGGCUAUAGCCUCGAGAUUGACACCGGCAGGGACGACGGAAAGUACAAGGAGGUGUACUGCGGACGUGAUACUAUUUGUACAAUCGACGGACUUCACUUCAAUACCGUAUACACAGCUCGAGUGAAAGCUUUCAACGCGGCUGGUGAAAGCGAAUACAGCGAGCCGAUUUGUCUUCAAACAGCUGAAGUAGCUUGGUUCCAACUGACAAAGUCACCUUCACAACGCGACAUGCAGCUUUCAAACGAAUGCACCUCGUUGACGGGAACAAGUCUCGAGUAUAGAACGAUCCUUGGCUCGAUCGCCUUUUCGAAGG